AUGAUGCUACGGACAUCAGCCGUCUUCCUCGCCCUCGCCGCGAUGGGGCUCGCUCAGGCUCCCGAAGGCUACAGCACGGUAUACAUCACGUCCAAAGUGAACACCAAGUUUGUCAUUGUGCCAAAGGAGCGCACCGCGGGCACCACAACGAUUGUUAAGACGGCCAACAACACGCCCGAGCAGCAGUGGUACCUCAAGACGGGAUCGACCAAGAUUCAGUUGGCCGACAGCACCCUCUGCGUGGAUGGCGGGCCCCAAGACAACUGGAGGGACAUGGGCAAGAUCUACGUCAACGAGUGCGCAGACACCGAGUCCCAGAACUGGUUCGUCAUGGAUGACGGCCGCAUUGCCUUGGAGGCAUCGAAUCAGCAGCAAUGCGUCGACCUUGUGUUCAUGAGAGCGGUGGAGAACAACGACGUCGGGCUGUUCAGCUGCGCUGGACUGGGCAACACCGGGGCGGCCGACGCGGGCAUCAACUGGCCGCUGGUCAACGUGACGGUCACCGCUUGA